AUGGCUCCAGUUGACUUCCCCGUGUCGUCUCCAGAUGGUACCGUGAUCGUAUUGCGCUCGAUCUGUAGCAUCAACGGCUAUCUCCUGGUUUAUACUCAAAAAGCCAAUAUUACUUUCCAUAAUAGCGAUGAUGCUAUUAAGGAGUACCGUUUCGGAAGCAUGAAAUAUCCCCACGGCUUUUGUCCCAACUGUGGGACUAGUGUUUAUGCUCGAGCUGAAGGAGGGGAAUAUGAUGGUAUUGUGGCUGUCAAUGUACGAACCCUGAAGGAUGUCGAUAUCAGCACAUUGAAGAUUGAGCAACUCGAUGGGAAAAGGAUCAAUGCCGGCUAG